AUACUUUUUGGUUCUUCUGCCGUUGUGAACUUUUCAUGACAUUAUACAGUUGUUAGGGGGUAGGGGUAGGGGUUAGCUAAUAUAUAUACUCCCAUAAACACAUGGGCUGACCCGACAGCGGGAACCGGGAUGACGUGAUUAGGAACCGGCUAACCUAGCUGGAACCCGAACCGAUGCAAUUGCCCCUCCAAAAUAAUUUCUAGGACUGCAGGGUCCUUCGAAUUGGAGUUUCCGAUCUUUAUUAAUCUCCUACCUUAUUUCCUACUCUUCGCCGCUAGUCUUCACAUCUUCACAUGCGUCUUAUUCUUUAGCGACGAAGAGGAGAAUAUAAGAGUAGCAACCAACCUGAAUUAAACACAAUAUGUUCCAACGUAGCGUGCGAACAAUAACGACCACGGCGCGUAGAGCCGCGGCCGUCGCACCGGCUGCCGCGAAGCCCCCGAGUCCGCACACAAUCGCCGUCUCGAAGGCUCAAGGUAUCGCAAAGGGAUUGACUGGUGCAAUCGGCAACACGCCGCUCAUCCGCAUGAACAAGCUCUCGGAGCAGACGGGCUGCGAAGUCCUAGGCAAAGCCGAAUUCAUGAACCCCGGCGGCUCGGUCAAGGACCGCGCGGCGCUAUACGUAGUCUUGGACGCGGAGGAGCGCGGGCUGCUGAAGCCGGGGGGCACGGUCGUCGAGGGCACGGCGGGGAACACGGGCAUCGGCCUGGCGCACGUGUGUCGCUCCCGCGGCUACAAGCUCGUCAUCUACAUGCCCAACACCCAGUCCCAGGGCAAGAUCGACCUGCUGCGCCUUCUCGGCGCCGAGGUCUACCCCGUCCCCGCCGUCGCCUUCGACAACCCCGACAACUACAACCAUCAGGCCCGCCGGCACGCCGAGAGCUUGGAUAAUGCCGUCUGGACGAACCAGUUCGAUAACACGGCGAACCGCCGCGCGCAUAUAGAGACGACUGGGCCGGAGAUCUGGACGCAGACGGACGGGAGGGUCGAUGCGUUUACGUGUGCUACGGGAACCGCGGGUACGCUUGCGGGUGUCACGCGCUACCUGAAGGAUGUAUCGGGCGGCCGCGUGAAGUCGUACCUGGCGGACCCGCCGGGCAGCGUCUUGCACUCGUACAUCCAGUCCGGGGGUAAGCUAGUCGAGCGGACCGGGAGCAGCAUCACCGAGGGGAUCGGGCAAGGACGCAUCACGGACAACCUAGCGCCGGACGUGGCGUUACUAGACGGCAGCGUGCACAUUUCUGACGAGAAGAGUGUUGCCAUGGUGUACAGCGCCCUGGACGAGGAAGGUCUGUACUUGGGAGCCAGCAGCGCGCUGAACGUGGUUGCGGCGAAGGAAGUCGCGGAGUUACUUGGCCCGGGACAUACCGUGGUCACGAUGCUGUGCGAUGGCGCGUAUCGGUAUGCGGACCGCUUGUUUUCUCGGAAGUGGCUUGAGAGCAAGAAGCUGCUGGGCGCGAUACCGAAGCAUUUGGAGAAGUAUAUCGUGCUGCCGUAGGUUACCUACCUACCUACCUACCUACCUACUUAGAUGUACAUGGUUAGAAAGGGGUUGUAGGAAAGGGGUAGGGCGGAGGAAGAAAAAAAAACAUAGGAGACUGGAGGCGGCGUUUAGAGAUGCAUGCAUGCAUAUAAGCGAGAUGUUUGAUCGAAUAGGGACUGCAUACUAAUGCACCUUAGGUAGUAAAUAUCGAUCAAUU